GCAACCUGCCUACAGACCUCUCCCCCUCGCUGUGCGCAUGUCGGAACCUGCGUGGCUGGCCUCUCUUGAGCCUGCUAAGCGCGAGCGGAUUGUGUCGGUCAUUGCCGGCCUGCUUGCCGCCGCAGUGCCACCUGCCGGUGGUGACGCCGACGCCGACGCCGCCGACGGCCUUAGCGCACGUGCAGCCUCGCUUGAGGCCGCCAUGGUCGACACUUCUGACUCGCUCGUCGACUAUGAGUCGCGCACCGCAACCCUGCUUAAGAAGCUGCAGGCCCGGACCUGGCACAACUCGCCUGCUGCCAUGGACGCCCGCACCGCCUCGCUUCGUCUCCUCGCCGACGCCGGCGCCGACGACGCCACCGCUACCGCCGCAGAGGCAAAAGCCUGGGAUGACCAUGCCGCACAUGGCGAGCAGCCCUAUGCGCACGCUAUUAACUGCGCUGUUGCCGACCUGUUUGGUCUCCCACCCCCUCUCGCAUCGGCUGCUUCAACCCUGUCUUCGCUCCCGCCGUCGCCGGGCGAUUCGCCGGCUCCUGACUCUGCUCGUACUGCGCCUUGGAAGCGCCGCGCGCUGACGGAUUCCCACUCGCGCUCCAAGUCAUCCGGCUUUACGCUCCCCGACCCUACCAAAGCCCGUGCUGCCGCUGCACCGCCGCCGCGCUCCAUCGCCGACCGCCGCGCCGCCGCUCCGCCGCCUGCCCCAGCCAAGUCCUCUCGGCGAAAGCUCUCGGUCCACCUGGCGAGGCUCAAUUCUUCCUCUCCGGCCAUUUCCUCGCUUAACUCUUCGCCACCCGCACCACUUUCGCCUCCAAAAUCGCGCCCUGCCCGUGCUGCACCCAAGCCGCCGCCGCCGUCAACUCGCCCUCGUCGCCGCCUUUCCGAUGUAGUUGGCGAGCGCCAAGGCACGCUCCGUCGCUCGCAGUCGGAAGCCUCGUCCACACUUCACAGGGGUCUAGGUCACCGCUCCAGCAGCUCUUCAGCAUCACCGUCCCCUCCUCCGCCACCGUCACGAGCACCGCCGUUCAUUGCCAAGCCGCACGCACGUCCGCCCGCCCCCCUCCUACCCGCCCGCCGCGUAGCGAUGUUACUUGCUGGGAUCGUGCCGAAGCCUCUCAGUCGCUUCCCAACCUGCCGCAGUUAGACUCAGACGACUCGUCCUCGUCGUCGGGUGAUGUGGACCUUGCUGCGUAUGCAAACGGCUCGGAGCCAAACUCUUGGGACGACUCCUCGGGCUCGGAUGCGGACAUCGCGGCCUACGCCUCUGGGUACCGGGAUCUUUCCUCGCGCGCCCCGGCACCUCCCCCUCCGGUUGCGUCUCAGCCUGCUGGGCCAAACUUGGACCACCCGUUCUUCUCCACCAUCUACUCGGCCCCACCGGACGACAACUACUUUGAGCCACCGCUUGUCACCGAGUGCCUCGACUGGCUCAUCGAGCACGGGACCCGUGAGAAGGGCCUAUUCCGAAUUCCGGCCUCGCUCAACCGUGUCAAGGAACUGCACGCAGCUUACGCUGCGGGUCAGUCGGGCCUCAUCGCUGCCCGUAAUAUCCGUGACGAACACCUUGUCGCUGGUCUCCUCAAGUAUCACUUUAAGAACCUCGCGUCCGACGUCUUCCCGCGCUCGCUCCUUCCCGCUCUCUCGUCCGCCGCCGCUAUUGACGACGACCAGACAUGCGUCGCCGCCCACGCCCAUCUGAUGCAGCUUCUCUCGCCAGCCCGCACCGCCACGCUCGCGAAGCUUGUCCGCCUCUUCACACUCAUUGUUGCCAACGCCAAAAUCAACAAGAUGAAGCUCUCCAACAUGUCGCUUGUCUUUGCGCCAACUCUCUUCCGAUCGGUCCCACACGCCACAGCUACACGCAUUCUCACCGUUUGGAUUGCCAACCACCCGGCCGUUUUUGCUCUUUGAGUUCAACUCUGCUAAAUCCAAAACUUGUUCUG